CGGUGAGACGCGGUGCCGGCCUCUCUAGGCUGCGGGAGACCGCGCAGGCGCCUCGCUGCCCGUGCGGUGGGCGAUGGGCUUCUUGCGCAAAGCGCUCAUCUCAGUCGCGGUGCUGGGGGCGUGGGCUGGCGUGGGCUCCGCGCUCUUUGUCCUCGUGACCCCGGGAGAGGAGCGGGUUCAGGCGAUGCUGAAGGAGAUGCCGGGGCAGGACUUACGGAGCCGGGAAGAGGCGGCCAGGACCAAGCAGUUAGUGAUGGCCGCUCUGCAGGAGGCAGCUGCCACGCAGGAGAACGUGACCUGGAGGAAGAACUGGCUGAGCGGCGGCGGCGGCGGGAAGUCAGCGUGAGCCGGGACCUGCACCCGUGGGCGCUGGGAGCUCCGCUCCGGCACAGGAGUAGGAGGCGGCCUUGCAGGGACCUGGCGGGGAGCCCGGGCUCCGGGAGCUGCCGCCGGGUGAGCACUCCCCCCCCAAACCCUGCACUGACUGCGCGUUCAUGUCCUCGCGGGCCGGCGCCGUCGAUGUGGGGAACUGAAGGAACCAGUAAAUCAGUUCCUCCAUCCGGAAAGUGAGCCCUGAGGUCUGACGCCUGUAAAUGUCUCCGUUGUGGGGUCGGUUCUGUGGGCUGGGCUGGCCGCAGCACCCAGUGCCCCGCUUCCCAUGUGCGGCCGAAGCCCAAUAGGCACAGCGAUCACGCUUUGAAAGCACGA